CUCGUCGCUGGUCGCUUUUGGCUUUUCGCGCGGCGCUGCGAUGUCAUGAAAAACAUUUGAACGGCUUCCGUGGGCCAUCAGUUUGUUGGCAAUACUCGAGCCCGUCGGAGCACACGAAAAAGAAUUUUUGAAAAAAAUAUUCCAAAAUUAGAAAAGCAUUAGAAGAAAAUUCUCUAAAAAAAAACAAAAAACUUUCAAAACAAAAGACAACAACAAAUGUUUAUCAAAAUCCAAAUGCCAAACAAAUUGUGAUGUGAUACGAGGCGGCUAAUUAACGCGUCUUUUGAGUUUUUCCCUCAUUUUCCUUGAUACCUUUCCGUUGUUUUUGGGUAAUCUUUAUGUUCUCUGCCGCCUUUCAAUUUUUUAUGAGCUGUUAAACGUAUUUAUCGGCGAGUGUUUUCGAGUGUUUUUCGCGCCGCGAAGUUAAUUUCAAAUUUUUAUGCUUUUUGGCCAAUUUAUGCGAGCAGCUUUUAUGUGCCAAGCGAAAUCAACAACAAAACCAUAAAUAAAUAACUCUGGCCGUGAAUGAAAUUGAAAAUUUCUGGUGGACAUAACAUAUAUUAGAGAGAGAGAGAGGAAAGAGAACUAAGUGGUUCGAUUAAUUUUUGAAAUUAAAUGAAAAGUGCAUUGACUUUGGCAAAGAAAAACACAGAAUACAAAGUCAAGGUGUUCUCUCUGGCCAACUCUUGUUAUUGUUGUCUCUGCGAAAUGCAUUUUAUUUAACGAAUUUAUUCGCAACGAAAUAAUCAACAGAAAAACAUAUUUAAAUAUAUUGCUAAAUUUGUGUGUGCUUGAAAAAAAUAAAACAAAAAAUAUAAAAACCUAAAAACAGAAAGAGAAACGGCAGUUACUAUAACCAAAAAAUAUUGUGUUUCCUGAAAUCAAACUCAAAACUAACUACGAUUUUAAAGAUCCAUAAAAUUAAACGGUUAACAAAAGCAUCAAAUUAAAGUCAACUACACGGGUCGGUUGUUGUUUAAAAACCAAAAAAAAACUAUAUAAACAUCUAUACAGAAAUAUAUAUUAAUAUCUAUAUACAGAACUUAAAGACAAGCGUUAAAGAGGCUUUCAGAACUAACAUUUAAUGUGAACUUAAAACCAUAAACCUUAAGUAUAUAUACCAACUAAAGGCUUCAACUUGAAUCGUAUGUGACAGAAGCGAACUAACUGCUCAACCAAGUCAACUAAGUAAAUAUUUGUUAAUUAAAAAAGCCAACAAAAUCAACAAAAACAACAACAAAGACAGCAACACUAUACAAAUUAAAGCAAACAAAGUUACAAAUCGCCGCAAUUGAAAGCUUCCAUUUUGAAACAGAGAAAUAUAAAGCAGAAUAAAUAUUUAACUAUAUGAAUUUAUGCAACAUAUAUGAACCUAUAAAAUAUAUAUAUAUAUAUAUAAAGAAGUUACUAUUUUCUAUAAAUUUAAUAUUCAAUAUACAAAGUUGAAGACAAAAACCAAAAUCAAAUCAAACUUUGCCCAGUCGAGUACUGCAAAUACGAACUUCUCGGAGACAAAUAAAAUAUUUUAAAUAUUAACUAAACCUUAAAAAACAUCAACUAUAAACAAUAUUCAAACACAAAAACUAAGAGGAAAAGUGAAAAAUUUAAACAAAAAAAACUCCUUUUUGGUCACACAAAUGCUGCAAUAUCAGCAACCGCAACAGCAACAGCAACAGCAACAACAGCAGCAGCAGCAGCAACAGCUACAACACCAGCAGUUGCAACAUCAACAGCAGCAACAUCAGCAACUACUGCAGCAACAGCUGCCGCAGCAGCGACGGCAAACGUACAAGGAAUACUUGCAGCAACAUCAGCAGCAAAAGCAACAGCAACAGCUGCAGCAGCAGCAACAACAACAACAACAACAACAACAACAACAGCAACAACCCCUGCGGAUAUUCCGCGUCCACUACAUCCGGUUGAAUUCCAAGGACGGUGUACCGUCCAUCAACCAGCAGGUCAAUGGCUAUCCCAAUGGAUCCCCCAACGGAGCCAAAAUGAAGACCAUAGCCCCAAAUAUCCGCCGUCGGCGGCGGUGCGAUAAACACCACUUAGAGCUCUACUGCAAUGAGACCACCACGCCACCCACAAAUGUGCCCACCAGCAGCAGCAGUGGCAACGUCAGCAGUAAUCAGUUGAAGCCCGGAGGCCUAAGGAUCCGGGAAUGCAUUACAGCACCGAGUACGGCGGCCAGUUCGCCGGUGGAUGAGCACAUGUGCAUCCCAGCACCGCCCAUUACACCGCCGCCCGCUUUCCUCACCGAGGGCUACAAACGGUCCAGUACCUCGGUCUCCACAUCGGCUUUACCCAGUGCCACUAGCAGCCAGGAGACCCAGACCCAGACCCAGACCCACAACCAUAACCAGACGCAGACCCACAACCAUGUGCAGAGCCUGAAACCGAACCUGAUACGCCAUCAGAAGCCAUUUCCCGUUGUUGCCAAGCCACUGGGUCCGCAGAAACCGAGAACGACGGCCACCAUUGCGGUCACGUUGAACAGCGGCUCCAGCAAGCCACGUGCCACGGUCAAGAGGAGUUUAGAACCAAGAAAAGACAAGACUGAUGCACAACAACAACACGGAGGCAAUGGCACAAUAUCCACGCCCAACAUCGAGCAGCCCACCUGCCAGGGCUCGAUGCUGCCGCCCCCAGGAGGCGGUGGCCAUCACCAGGUGGAUGGCAGUGGCAAGAUGGAGAGGCCCAACACACUGGCCGGCGCCAAUAAGCUGACCCGUCGCGGGGUCAACAUCUGCUACCACAACGAGCACAUGUAUGGCGAAGAUGGAAAAAUGGUGGGUGGUCCGCCGGGCAGCACUCCGCCCCCUUAUCCGGGUGGCAAGCUACCGCCGGGCGUAAUGCUUAGCGAGCUGCCAGAGCCGCCAAUACCGCUAUCGGAGAUCGGACCGAUCCCACCGCCCCCGAUGUUCUCCACACCGAGUCCCACGCUCAUCGCUGGACGACCGCACGGGCCAGGCGCCGUCAACGAUCAGGAUUACCAGCAGGACUACGACUACGAUGAUCACGAUCCGGAUCAGGAUGAGCUUGACUCGGACGAUGAGUAUGCCCCAUAUGGCGGCAACCAUGUGCGCAUGAUGGACACGCAGCGCGUCGAGGAAAUUCCAGCCAAAGAGCCCAAACCAAAUGCAGUUCCUCUCAAGUCGGCGCUGAAGAAGAAGGGCGGCAUCCAGCCGGCCUCAGCCUCCACGCCUGUUACGCCCACCCAGGAACAUGGAGCGGGCAGCGCAGCAACGGCGGCGGCCAUGGCAAACAGUAAUGGCGGCAUCGGUUCAAUGGCGGCAGCUGCAGCAGCAGCAGCACAGCAGUCCGCCAACCAGCGACCGCUCGUCGUUCGCCAAGAUGCGGCGGGCAAUAACUAUUCGCUCAAGCCAAUACUACGACCACGGAUUAGACUAUGCAGGCAGCAAAUGUUCAACAUCCAAUUGCCGUGCACCGUCGAGAACAAGGAGAAUGCCCGGCCCUUUGUGAUACGCGAAAGCAGCAGUGACAGUGACGAGAGCGAUGGCCAUAUCGUCUACAGGGACGAGGACAACGACAACACCCGGCUGGCCAAACUGGCCCGCAAGGAGUCCCUGUCUUUGAAACUGCAACUAAGGCCGGACAAGCAGGAUCUGAUCAAUCGCAAUAUCCUGCACCAGGUCAACGACAACGAGCUCAAGGAGUCCAAGGAGGCGAUCGGAGCCCGACUCAUCCGCCGGCUGUCGAUGCGACCCACGGCCGAGGAGCUUGUCGAGCGCAACAUCUUGAAAACUCAAUCACCCGCCGAGGAGAAGAAGCAAAAGGAGGAGAAAAAGUCGUAUCUGUUGCGCAAACUCAGCUUCCGGCCGACCGUUGAGGAGCUAAAGGAGAAGAAGAUCAUCCGGUUCAACGACUACAUCGAGGUCACGCAGGCCCACGACUAUGAUCGGCGGGCGGACAAGCCGUGGACAAGACUGACGCCAAAGGACAAGGCCGCCAUUCGCAAGGAGCUGAACGAGUUUAAGUCCUCCGAAAUGGCCGUCCACGAGGGCAGUCGGCAUUUGACGAGAUUCCAUAGGCCAUGACGAUUGCAAUGGCAGCAACUUUCCAGCAAAUUACAACAGCAACCCAAGCAACAAUUGUAUUUUAUGCAGCAUCAAAUUGUCAACAAAUAUUUAAAAGCAAAAAAUUAAGCCAGCAAACUAAGGAAAAUGAAAACUUUCAACGCAAAAAAAUAUAAAUAAAACCCAAAAAAAAAAAGAAAAA